AUGGACGCCGAUCCGAUGGAUAUCGCUCUUGAGAACCAGUUGACCACCAACCCCCCCGACCCCGCCAUCGAGCCAACUGCCGUCUACAGCUGGCCUGGUCUCAAGGAUGAGACAUUCUGCACCCCCACCGAACGCAUUCUCCUUCGACGCUCAGAGUUUUUGGCUCGUCAAGUUGGAUUAGUGUUGAAGAACCAGGAGCGCAUUCUAGCCGCUCUCAAGCAGCGAGUCCGACGAAGCAGCAUGUCAUCCACUGGUACCGGUGCCAGUGAGGGUACCGAGGGUGAUGAGGUGGCCGACAUCUCUAUUGACGAUCCUGCAACUACUAAGGCUUAUAACACACUUUGCGAUACUGAAAGUGAUGAGCAUGCAGCCCUUGCUAAUGCUCACCGAGCGUUCAUUGAUGCUUCAAAGAAGAAGCUCUAUGUUAAGCGGACCCCUCACUCUACCGUCGAUGCAAUGGCUUUCAAAGCCCACGUCCUGUCAACCUUCACAGGUGACGAUGAAGAACUUAUAAAGUCUAUCGUUGAAAACCUCGCUCUCUUCAACUCCGAUCUCAUCACUGGUAUCUACCUUGCACUCAACAAGGAGAUGAAGAAGACACAGUCCAAGUCCAAGGGCAAAGGAAAGGCCGCUGCCCCUGCCCCCUCUCACGAUGAGGGUGAGGCUUCUGGACAGGCCGCCGUCGACGAGGACCUGCCUUCUUCACCCCUGCCUACUCGCCUCCGCAAGCACAAAGGAGCACAGUAUCUCAGCAGCGGUAACCCUGUUCCCGCGGGUGAUGACGAGGAGUACGAACUGGGUGAGGAUGGCGUUGACGGUGCAAGCACUCCCAAGGCUCGCCAGUCUCUCACUUCCAUGCGGCAGAUAAGUAAUUCGAGCAAUUCUCAGGUGUCAUUGACAUCAGUCGAGAUCCGACGAUCUCAUCAGCAGACUCGUUUUGAGAGUGAGGCCGAGGAUGAUGAAUAA